UUGGUUUACUACAGCUUCGGACAGUGCAGCACCAGAAGAGAAGGCGAGCAGAGCUGGAAUAAACGACAGAAGGGACAUUGUUGUUCUAGUCCAAUGAGUGAAAGUACACCAUUUGUUCGGCUCUUCGUGGGGUUCCUGCUCAGUGCGACAGGUGUACAAGCCUCCUGUCCCAUUGAGUUGAGCCCCCCCAGUGUUGUGCUGAGAUAUGGAGACUCAGUCUCAAUCAACUGCAGCACAUCUGAGAGCCUGUUCGAAGGAAUGGGCUGGGAGGCUACAAAGGGAGGCAAAAGUCCAGAGAUGGUCCAGCAUGUGGCCUGGACUGUGGAGAAUCUAAAAGAUUGGAACAUCGCUCCUCAAUGCUUCAUCAAUCCAUUACCAGAUAGUCCAUUUAAACAAUGUUCCCAGAAGCCACAAAUUAUACUUUACACAUUCCCGGAAACCAUCAGUAUUUCCAGCAAUGCCCUAGGUGGUGUGAUGGAUGAAGGAAAGACAUAUAACUUCACAUGUGACAUCCACAAUAUAGCACCUGUUCAAAAUCUCACUGUAAGGUGGUACAAAGGAGAUGAAAUGGUCGAUACAGACACUUUUGACAAUCCCAGUAAGCCUCCAGUAAAUCAAUCAUCCAUAUUCAGCUUUACACCAACCAGACAACACGACGGAGUCACGUUCAGAUGCGAGGCACAUUUGGACCUGUGGCCAGAAGGACCACAGCUUAAUGCAUCUUCGCAAGAAUAUAGUAUUACAGUUCACUUUGUACCAGAUGUACAAUGCUCUGGUAAUUUAGCGGACCAAGUAGAGAUACUGGAAGGUGAAACAUUGGAGACGCGAUGCUCUGUGACAGGAAAUCCCAUCCCAGAGGUCCAAUGGCUAAAAGAUGGACAGCCCACUGACCCGACCCUCCCUCUGAGCAGAGAGAAUGCAGGCGUGUACACCAUCAAAGCUGAGGGCGCUACUCUCAUCGUAAAGCCACUCCGGGUUCUUGUAUUGUAUGGACCAGAGUUGAUAUGUCCAGUAAUAACUUACACUGUGCAGGAGGACGCUCCUCACAACCUCACCUGCACUGUGAAGGGCUAUCCUAAACCUGAGACCACCUGGUCCAAAGAUGGCGAGGAGGUGGAACUUCCAGAGAAGCUAACAAGAAGAGAUACAGGGCAGUACUUGAUCACAGCUUCAAGCAAUCUGUCAAGUGUCAACGUCACAGUGGAGAUUGAUGUCACAUACCCACCAUCACAGAUAGUUGAGCUUGAAGACUCUGAAGUUGACAUUGGUUCCACUGUGUGGCUGAAGUGCUCCUCCAUGGGCAACCCACGACCCAAAUAUUCCUGGGAUUAUUACCGUACUGCCAAUGUGGUGGAGGAAAAUGAAGAUGGAGUGUCCCGUCUGCACAUCCACAAUGCUACUGUAUACAACAUGGGCUCCUACACGUGUCACGCCUCGAAUGACUAUGGAAAUGUCUCUGAAACAGCCAAAGUCACUGUAAAAGGUGCCAGGCAAGAAUGCCCUAUCGAAAUAACUCCAGACAGGAUGGUGGUAGAACACCAAAGCCCAGGCCAGCGUGCAACAUGCAAACCAACAUCCAGCGGCUCCGGACAUGUCAAUGAAAUAUACUGGCAGCUUGGGCAAGAUGUCAAAACUAACAGCACAAGCUGGCUGGUUGAUACUGAUAAUGACUGGGACCCAAGGCCUGUUUGUACUGCAACGUUUAAAGUAAUAGGAACAUGCCAGAAACAGUUAGACUUCACCCUCUACAAAAUGCCAGACAGUGUCUCCAUCCGUCCUGUGAAUAACUUGAGCUCAGUGCUGGAGGAGACAGAGUUCCAGCUGCACUGUGACAUUACCAACGUUGCUCCUGCAGGAAACCUUGUUGUGCGGUGGUACCGAGGGAAUGCAACCUUUGAUCCACCUACUAAUGGGUCAAUACAAGUGACUGGCUGCCUGCCUGAGAACGACACAAACUGUGACAUCGGUGUUGCCCGCUCCCCGCUGAGCGUGUCGUCUACCAUCAACAUCACUCUGAGCAGAAACCACACUGUAGCGGAGUUCAGAUGUGAGGCUCAGCUGGAUCUUGGGGGAUCGCAUUCUCAUCCAAAGAUGAUUUCCAGUCCUCUCAAAAUCUCCGUCUACUAUAAGCCAAGCAUUAAUACCACAAAGCUUCCAAAGAAGAUCCCACUGUUCAGAGGCUAUCCUGAGGAGCUUGUUUGUGAAGCAAACGGUCACCCACCUCCAAAGAUCCAGUGGCUCUACAGCGCAGACAAAGUACCCCACUCGUCUGGAGGCAAUCUCACCGUGACUGAGGCAGGUGUCUACAGCUGCAGCGCCACCAAUGAAGUUGAUUCCAUCUCCUACGAGGUCGAAGUGAUUUUAAAAGAGGACUACCUUCCCCUCAUAGCUGGAUUUGUGGCUGUCACAGUAGUUGCCAUCUCCAUCGUCUUCCUCUUCAUUUACUCAAUCUACUACAAGAACACCAAGAUGCGCCGCUACAGUCUUAAAAACGCCAAACUUGACACCCACAGUGGCAAUGUGGCCCACAACGGCUGGGACAUGCAGUUUCCUAUGACCAAACUGUCUUAGCAGUACAUCUGAGGAUAGCAGACCACUCUGAAUGAUCUCUCUGCCCCCAGAAACUUCAGUCAUUGAAGUAUUUUACUCUUCGAGGAAUGAUCUAAUUAUUUUUAAAAAAACAGCAACCUUGGCUUGAGAUGUACAAUUUUAUAUUUACUACUGGAUUUUACCUGUUGUCACUGGACAGAAAGAAGAGGAGGACUCAAAGUUUGGGUCGAACAUGCCAGAGAAACUGUUUUGAUAUUUUUGAUGAGCACAAAGGGAAUUUAAUCUGAUUAUGAAUGUUUUUUUGUUGACCUUGGUUUAACUAAAGCUUGAUUUUUUAAAGCCCCCUUAAUAUCCACUCAAACUCAGAUCUCUGUAUGUAAUUAUUUUUACAAACUUGACUUUAGCACGCAUAUUAAGAGUGGGUACCCUGAACUGCUGCGGUUUUAACAGUUACACUAACAGGACGUGCACUACUUCUGGCCUCUGAAGGUGUGACAUUGAAUCUGUGAAAAAGGAGACCAGCUCUGCUCUUUGUAGACACUUUUUCUUGUGCAUACUUGUCGUUGAGCCGAUUGUCCAAGCCACUCUGCACUUCUUCUUUGUAGCCUUCUCUGUGCCUGGCGCUUUGUUGUGCCAUACUGUGUCAGACUCUGGCCUUAUGGGACAAAUUGUCUUGUUCCACAAAUGUUUGCUUUUUUUAUGAAGUAUUGCAGGCAUUGUAGCCUAAUGCCUACGAGAACUGUAUAUUUAGGAUACAACUUUAUGUAAAACUUUAUAUUUAUUUAUGAUAAACAGCAAAGAUGAAAAAAUUUUGCAUUGAAAAAGGACUGCAAACUGUUUCGUAAACGUUGCGAAUGUUGGAAACGACGGUGGAAUUGAAGACAAAUUGUGAAUACAGCUGUAAAUAUUUGUGACUGGUGUAAAACUGUAUUUUAAUAUUAAAAAUGUGGCUUUUCAGA